AUGGCUUCUGCCUCUCUCUUCUCGAUCGAGGGCAAGGGCAAGAGAUUUGAUUCUGCUGCUGACCUAGAGCCAUUCAUUAAGCCUCUUGUCGAGACGAACGAUAUUAUUACAGAGAUCCGUCUGGGUGGAAAUACGUUUGGUGUCCCCGCAAGCGAGCGCUUAGCCAACGUCCUCCGAACCCAGAAGAAGCUACACACAGCUAACCUGGCCGAUAUCUUCACCUCUCGACUACUCGACGAGAUACCGCAGGCUCUGUCCUUCCUUUUACGAGCUCUACGCGAGGUCGAAACGCUUCAGACGAUCGAUUUAAGUGAUAAUGCAUUUGGACUGAACACUCAGGCGCCUCUUGUCGAGUUUUUAAAGGCACACACCCCGCUACGCCAUUUAAUAUUGAAUAAUAACGGACUUGGUCCCAAGGCUGGAAAUCUUAUUGCCGAUGCGCUGAGAGAGCUGCAUGUGAAAAAGGAGGCGGCUCGGGCAGCGAACCCCAAGGUGGAAGUGCCAUAUCUAGAGACGAUAGUGUGCGGUCGCAACAGACUUGAGAGCGGCAGCAUGGCUGCGUGGGCGAAGAUGGUAAAGGAUCAUGGGAAGGGACUCCGCAGCAUACGGAUGACGCAGAACGGUAUUCGACAGGAUGGAAUAGUUCUUCUGUUAGGUGAUGGACUGCAGCAUGCUCCCGAGCUCGAAGUGCUGGAUUUGCAGGAUAACACUUUCACCAUAACUGGUUCUCGGGUUCUGGCACGCGUCGUGCCCGGAUGGCCCAACAUCCGCGAGAUUAGUUUAAGUGACUGCUUACUUAAGGGUAAAGGCGCAUUGUGUUUCGCAACAGCUCUUGCAAAAGGAGAGAACAAGAAGGUUGAGAUUCUUCGUUUGGCGUACAACGAAAUUACCGCUGCGGGGCUGAAGGAAUUCGUCCAGGCGGCGAAAACCUCCCUCCCCGCGCUGAAGCGAGUUGAGCUGAAUGGAAAUCAACUGAAUGAGGAAGAUUCGAACCUCGAGGCUCUCCGUAACUUGCUUGAGGAGCGUAAGGAGAAGCUCGGCAAGGAGGACGACGAGGAAUCCGCUUGGGGUCUAGACGAGCUUGAUGAGCUAGAGAGCGAGGAAGAGGACGAGGAAGAG